ACGAGCGCAGGGGAAUCAUCAAUAAUUAAACAACGACAUGGCGGCAGCUUAAUCCUCUCCCCGUCUCCAUCAAUCAAUCGCCAUUAAUUAGCUAAUUGCUUCUUUUGUUUUGCUAAAUCGGAGGGGGGAAUGGAGCAACUGAGCAAGGAGCAGAUCGCCGAGUUCCGGGAGGCAUUCAGCCUUUUCGACAAAGAUGGGGACGGGACGAUCACGAGCAAGGAGCUGGGGACGGUGAUGGGGUCGCUGGGGCAGCAGCCGACGGAGGCGGAGCUGCAGGAGAUGGUGGCGGAGGUGGACGCCGACGGGAGCGGGAGCAUCGACUUCGACGAGUUCCUGAGCCUCCUCGCGCGCAAGCUCCGCGACACCGAGGCCGAGGACGACAUCCGCGACGCCUUCCGCGUCUUCGACAAGGACCAGAACGGCUUCAUCACCGCCGACGAGCUCCGCCACGUCAUGACCAACCUCGGCGACCGCAUCUCCGACGACGAGCUCGCCGAGAUGCUCCACGAGGCCGACGGCGACGGCGAUGGCCAGAUCGACUACAACGAGUUCGUCAAGCUCAUGAUGGCAAAGCGAAGGCAGAAUAUGAUGGAUGGUCAUGGAAGCGGAGGUCACCGGUCGAAUCGCUCCGACCGGAAAUCCGGCUGCUGCGGCCCCUCAUCCUCAUGUACCAUCCUCUGAAAAUUGAAAAUUGUAGGUUUCAGGUUUGCAACUGAUCUAUCAUAAUCAUAGAAUUCAGAGUUUGCUGUCACCUUAAUUUCUGGUUACAGUUGAUCUGGAGUUCUUGAGAACUUGUAAAUCAAACGACUUCAUAGUGUACAUGGAAAAUGAAUGCUGACCAAUUAAUUAUACUUGUUCCUCACAAGAUUCUGGUUUAUACACACAAAAAACCCCAUCGAAUGAUCAGCUUCACUUGAGCUAUCACAAAGGGUUCUCUGAAAAUUAAGAGCAACAUUUAUAACACUAGUGGAGACCAAGCAUAAUGUACUUUACAGGUCCACCCACAACUAAUUACAAAUGCAAUAAACAUGAUUUCUGCUAUUCCAGCAUCUAGAAAUGGGAAUCAAUUCAGAAGAAUGGGAUGUAAAUAGUUCACCCAUAUCUCCUCUCCCAAGUUUCUAGGCAGGUUGACUUUGCAGAUCAUCUGAUUUCCACACCACAUCCUUUAAGGUGUUGGAAAGGUUUUUGUAAAACUGCAAUACAUGAAAAGUUCAAGCGAUUCAGUACAAGCCAUUCACACAAAGGUUGC